AUGAGAAACUAUAUAAACAUCCCAGGCUGGAUCAGCAAUUACUGCACCAACCACAGGGCUGCAAACGGUAGUUUCUUGACAGCAAUCAUGCACUACUACUCCGCAUUGUGCACCCUGAGUCUUCUGACAUGCUGCCUUGCUUUUCCACUGCCCCGGGAAGCUGGAAAAAUGAAUGACCAACAAUGGGGGAAAGCACAGGAAUACCUCAAGAAUUUCUAUUCAUAUGAUCCUGAAGCACGAACAAACAAUUUAGAAGACAAAAUAAAAGAAAUGCAAAAAUUCUUUGGCCUACCACAAACAGGAAUUUUAAAUACCAACACCAUGGAAAUAAUUCAGAAACCUAGAUGUGGAGUACCUGAUGUUGGAGAAUUCAGUUUUUUUCCUGAGAGACCUAAAUGGCUUUCCAAAGUAGUGACCUACAGGGUCGUCUCUUAUACUAAAGACAUUCCUCGAUCAACAGUGGAUCAUUUAGUAGAGAAGGCUCUUGACAUGUGGAGUGAAGCUUCAACACUGACCUUCAAGAAAGUGAGGAAUGGAAAUGCAGAUAUUAUCAUUGGUUUUGCCAGAGGAGCCCAUGGGGACUACAAUCCAUUUGAUGGACCUGGAGGAAUCCUGGCUCAUGCAUUUGCACCAGGAACAGGACUAGGAGGAGAUGCUCAUUUUGAUAAUGAUGAACAAUGGAGUGAUGGCAGCAAAAUAGGAAUUAACUUUUUAUUUACUGCUACUCAUGAACUUGGCCAUUCCUUGGGGCUAGGCCAUUCUUCUAACCCUGAAGCUGUAAUGUACCCUACCUAUAGCUACAAAAACUCAGAGGACUUCAGUCUGUCACAGGAUGAUAUCAGAGGGAUUCAGAAACUUUAUGGAAAGAGAGGAUAAUUUCAGAACGAUUACCAACUUAAUAGAAAAAUACACAUUCAACAGACUCUACUACAUUCUUGCUCUAUCAAAAUGUUAUUUUAUCAUGAAAUCUUAUAACAAUUGAAAUGCUUUUAAAUGAAUGACUUUAUACAGAAAUCAAGGAAUAAGACAUGAAAGCACAAGGUUUUAUUUCAUUAAUUCAUUGAUUUUAUUCAGCAAACAUUCAUUAAGGGCCUACUAGGAACACAGUUCACUAAGAACUUGAGCCACAGCCUGCCCACCUCAUCAGGGAUGACUGGACUCAUGAUUUUUAUUCACGUUCACAUUAUCCUGUGAUUGGUACCAACAUCAGAGCUUCAGAUUCUCAGAUCCUUGUCAUAUUCAAAAUAGAAGCAACACGACUACAACUGAGUUGGCUUGAGCCCAGAACAAGGGCAGGUUUGUCUUAGAACAGAAUCCUACAGCUGAGGCCCUGGCCAGAUAAGUGACUUGCUCUAAAUCACACAGCAGUCUGGUUACAGAACUAGAAAUAGACCUUAGGUGUCCCAAAUCCUAGCCUCAAUGUUGUUUCUACCACACUACUCCCCCACCUCACUUUCCUGAAAGCACAGGGGCACCCAAUUCUCUGCCACAUAUGCAUCUGCCAAAUGGUGAUAUUGAACUCUGCCUGGGCAGGAAUUCCAAAUUUUUCUUCUGUUCCCAGAAAAAUCUAGAUCCUCCUCGUAAGUAAUCACCAACUCACCAUGGGCAUAUAACAGCUUUUGCCAAACAAGUAGAAAACAAAGUCAAUUCCUUUCAUUUUAUAGCCAUUGUCCCUGGAAACCUGACAAAAAAAUUUAUGUAGACUGACCAGUUUGGGGAGUUCUUUGUUAGUUUGUCACAGAAGCAUGCCAGAGAUCGAUUAGAUAAUCCCUAAUGCCCUUUUGUGCUUCCAGUGCCAGGUCCUAUGAAGUAUGAUUGGAAGCCCCUAGACUAUAAUAAGUGGGGAUAUCAAAGUGGGCAUCCAUUGUGAGCGCUAAAAGUAACAGAAUUCUAAGUACUACAUAAAAGUUUUUAAGUUAUUUAAUUUGCAUAAAAAAAAACCAGACAUGAAAAAGAAGGGAAGAAGCAGGGCCAGAUUUAUUCAUGGACUAGAUGGUCACAUUCUUGAUUCUGGUAUACUCCCCCAAUAUCAAUCACCAGCGAUUAAUGUUCCAUUUGUCAAUGCCAGUAAAUAUCACUCUAGUAUCAUUUAACCAGUUGAUAGCUCUUCAAUAAGCAAUUAACAUCAAUUAGCUUUUUUAAAGUUUUUUUAUUCAUUUUGAACUUAAAUACAAAAAGACAAAAAAAAAUU